GGAGCGGACGCCAUGGCGACCAACAUCGAGCAGAUUUUUAGGUCUUUCCUGGUGAGUAAAUUCCAGGAAAUUCAACAAGAGCUUUCCAGUGGAAGGAGUGAAGGCCAGCUCAAUGGUGAAACAAAUACACCUAUUGAAGGAAACCAGGCAGGUGGUGCAGCUGCCUCUGCCAGGAGCCUACCAAAUGAAGAAAUAGUUCAGAAGAUAGAGGAAGGACUUUACGGGGUCUUAGAUACAGAACUGUGCGGUAAGCCAGACUUGAAGGAGGCCUCCAGAAAAAGUAGAUGUGUCUCUGUACAAACAGACCCUACUGAUGAAGUUCCCACCAAAAAGUCAAAGAAGCAUAAAAAACACAAAAACAAAAAGAAGAAAGAAAAGGAAAAAAAGUAUAAAAGGCAGCCAGAAGAAUCUGAAUCAAAGGCAAAAUCACAUCAUGAAGAGAACAUGGAUUUGGAAUCAGAUUCCUUUUUGAAGUUUGAUUCUGAGCCUUCAGCAAUGGCGCUGGAGCAUCCUGUAAGAGCGUUUGGGCUCCCUGAGACCAGUGAAACUCCUGCAGUUGUGCUAGAACCUCCUGUAGUCUCAAUGGAGGUAUCACAGCCCCACACCUUAGAAACUCUGAAGCCAGCUACAAAUACUGAAGAACUCUCACUUGCAUCUACAUCAGUAAUCUCUGUGCAAUCAGAACAGUCUGUGGCAGUAACGCUGGAACCACCCAUGACAAAGAUUCUGGAUUCUUUUUCAACAGCACCAGUGUCUACUACAACAGUAGUGCUAAAGUCAUCUGAGCCAGUUGUAACAAUGUCAAUGGAGUAUCAGAUGAAGUCUGUGCUGAAAUCUUUGGAGCGCACAUCUCCAGAGCCAUCAAAGACCAUAUUGGAACCUCCAGUAGCAAAAGUGCUAGAGCAAUCAGAAACCCUUAUGGUAUCAUCACAGUCACCUAUUGAGGCACACCCUGAGCCAAGCACAUCAACAAUGGAUAUUGCCGAGUCUUCUGAAACUGAGGACCCAAGAUUGCCAGAGCAGCCUGUAGAAGUACCAUCGGAGACUGCAGACUCAUCCAUGACAAGAUCACAGGAGUUGCUGGAGCAACCGAAGCCCACAGCAUUGGAGCUGCCGGAGUCGUCGGUGGCCUCAGCGAUGCAGUUGCCAGGGCCACCUGCGACCUCCAUGCCGGAGCGGCAGGGGCCCCCUGUGACUCCAGGGCUGGAGUUACCUGGGCCCUCUGCUACGCCGGUGCCAGAGUUGCCAGGGCCCCCUUCUACCCCAGUGCCUGAGUUGCUAGGGCCCCCUGCGACAGCAGUGUCUGAGUUGCCAGGACCCUCAGUGAUAUCAGUGCCUCAGUUGUCGCAGGAAUUGCCAGGGCUUCCAGCACCAUCCAUGGGGUUGGAGCCAACACAGGAGGUACCAGAGCCACCUGUGAUGGCACAGGAGUUGCCAGGGCAGCCUGCGGUAACAGUAGCAAUGGAGUUGACUGAGCAACCUGCGACGACGACAGAGUUGGAGCAGACUGUGGGGAUGACAGCGAUGGAAUAUCCUGGGCAGCCUGAGGUGACAACAGCCACAAUGUUGCUGGGGCAGCCUGAGGCAGCGAUGGUACUGGAGUUGCCAGGGCAACCAGUGGCAACGACAGCGCUGGAGUUGCCAGGGCAGCCUUCGGCAACUAGGACACUGGAGUUGCCUGGGAAGCCUGUGGCAACUGGGGCACUGGAGUUUGAGGGGCAGUCUGGGGCAGCUGGAGCACUAGAGCUUUUGGGGCAGCCUCUGGCAACAGGGGUUCUGGAGUUGCCAGGGCAGCCUGGGGCGCCAGAGUUGCCUGCAGCAACUGUGGCGCUGGAGAUCUCUGUUCAGUCUGUGGUGAUAACGGAGCUGUCAACGAUGACCGUGUCGCAGUCCCUGGAGGUGCCCUCGACGACAGCGCUGGAAUCCUAUAAUACAGUGGCACAGGAGCUGCCUACUACAUUAGUGGGGGAGACUUCUAUAACAGGAUUGGAUUCCUUGAUGGCCCAAGAAUCCCAUAUGGACUCCCAAAUGCUAGCGUCCAGCUCCAUGGACUCCCAGAUGUUAGCAACUAGCUCUAUGGAUUCUCAGAUGUUAGCAUCUGGCACUAUGGACUCUCAAAUGUUAGCUUCCGGCACCAUGGAUGCGCAGAUGCUAGUGUCUGGUACCAUGGAUGCCCAGAUGUUAGCAUCUAGUACCCAAGGUUCUUCUAUUCUGGGUUCAAAAUCCCCUGAUCCCUACAGGUUAGCUCAGGAUCCCUACAGGUUAGGUCAUGACCCUUAUAGGCUAGGUCAUGAUGCCUAUAGAUUAGGGCAAGACCCUUAUAGAUUAGGCCAUGAUCCCUACAGACUAACUCCUGAUCCCUAUAGGAUGUCACCUAAACCUUACAGGAUAGCUCCCAGGUCCUAUAGGGCCGUUCCUAGACCAUAUAGGUUAGCACCCAGACCCCCAAUGUUGGCAUCUAGAUGUUCUAUGAUGAAGUCCUAUGCUGCAGAACGUUCCAUGAUAUCAUCUUACGAACACUCUAUGAUGUCUAAUGAGCGGACCUUGAUGUCCCCUAUGGCUGAGCGCUCCAUGAUGUCAGCUUAUGAGCGCUCUAUGAUGUCCCCUAUGGCUGAGCGCUCCAUGAUGUCAGCCUAUGAGCACUCUAUGAUGUCCCCUAUGGCCGAGCACUCCAUGAUGUCAGCUUAUGAGCGCUCUAUGAUGACUGACCGAUCAAUGAUGGCUGACCAGUCUAUGAUGUCAUCUUACUCUGCUGCUGACCGGUCUAUGAUGUCAUUGUAUUCUGCAGCUGACCGAACUAUGAUGUCAUCUUAUACUGCUGCUCAUUCAAUGUCUAUGGCAGCUGAUUCUUACACCGAUUCUUAUACUGAUACAUAUACAGAGGCAUAUUUGGUGCCACCAUUGCCUCCUGAAGAGCCACCAAUGACACCACCAUUGCCUCCUGAGGAGCCACUGGAGGGCACAGCAUUACCCACUGAGCAGUCAGCAUUAACAGCCGAAAAUACUUGGCCUACUGAGGUGCCACCAUUACCUCCUGGAGAGUCUGUAUCCCUGCCUGAACCUCCUGUGGGUCAAAGUGAGAUUUCAGAGCCUUCGGUGGUGCCUGCUGAUUAUUCAGUGUCAGCAUCAGAGCCUUCAAUGUUGGCAUCAGAGGCUGCCAUGACUGUUCCAGGGCCACCACUGGAGCCAGAGUCUGCGGUUACAUCAACACCUAUAGAGUCUGCUGCAGAAGCAGAGGAGCAUGAAGUUCCAGAGAGACCAGGGACUUAUAUGGUAUCUGAAACUACCAUGAUGUCAGCUAAGCCAACUAUGUCAACAUCAGAGCCUUCUGUUAUGUCAGAGACAGCAGAAACCUUCGAUUCCAUGAGAGCUCCAGGACCUAUUGCCUCAGAGGUAUCUGUGUCCCUCCUGGAGCCUGCAGUAACUAUUCCAGAGCCAUCACAGAGCGCUCUAGAGCUGUCAGCCUUGGCCAUCUCAGAGCUACCCUCCGUGGCUGUCCCAGAGCCCAUGGCCUUGGUUGAGCCAGAGCAUGUUACCAUUCCUGUGCCAGUUGUUUCUGCCCCGGAGCUUGCUGUACCUGUCCUGGAACCAGCAGUAUCAGUUCAGCCUAACAUUAUUUCAGAACCACCUGUUGUCCAAGAAUCUACAGUGACAGUUGCAGAGCCUGCCAUCGCUGUCUCAGAGCAGACUCAAAUAACACCGACUGGGAUGGCUUUAGAGCCUGCCUCUGUGAUGCUGAAGUCUGGUGUUAUAACAGGAAUGAAUUUAAUAUCUACGUAUCAAGAUCUUUCUCCAGAGAUUGGUAUGCAGGAGGUUCCCAUGCACUCAGAUGAAGAGCCACAUGAUGAAGAGCACCUGAAGAAUGACUCUUAUGAAAGUGAACAUGGUAUAAAUAGAGACCUUGAUAUAAAUAAUCAUUUAAUUGCUAAAGACAUGGAACAUAGCACAAUGUCCACUGCCAGCACUGGUGCUGUUGGUGAAAUUGGUGAAGAGAAAAUGUUGGCCAUCAAUGAGACUAAACAAUGCACAGUAUUGGAUACCUGCCCUAGUGUUAGUGAAGCUGAUGUAGGAGGAACGCUAUCUUGUACUGGUCCUCUUGCUGUCGAACCUGGUACAUUGGAAACUAGUAAGGGUCUUGAAUUUGCCGCAGUAUCUGCUCUCAGUUCAGUUAGUAAAUAUGAUGUUGAAGUAUCUUUAACUACUCAAGAUACUGAACAUGACAUGGUAAUUCCCACUCUCCCCAGUGGUGGUAGUGAGGCUGACAGAGAGGGACCUUUGCCUGCUAAAGACAUUCAUCUUGACUUGCCAUCUAAUAACUGUAUUAGCAAUGAUACAGAAGGACCAUUACCUAUAAAGGAGAGUGACCAGACAUUAGCAGUUGCUCUCAGCCCUAAAGAAAGUAGUGAAGAUAAAGAGGUACCACUCCCUACUAAAGAGACAGUGUCUGAAUCUGCAUUUCCUGCCAAUAUUGAAGAUAUUAACGAAGCAGAUUUAGUGAGACCAUUACUUCCUAAGGACAUGGAACGUCUUACAAGCCUCAGAGCUGGUAUUGAAGGACCUUUACUUGCAGGUGAAGUUGAACGUGACAAAUCUGCUGCCAGUCCAGUUGUAAUUAGUAUACCAGAAAGAGCUUCAGAGUCAUCUUCAGAGGAAAAAGAUGAUUAUGAAAUUUUUGUGAAAGUUAAGGACACUCAUGAAAAAAGCAAGAAAAAUAAGAACCGUGAUAAAGGUGAGAAAGAAAAGAAAAGAGACUCUUCAUUAAGAUCUCGAAGUAAGCGGUCCAAGUCUUCAAAACACAAGUCACGCAAACGUACCAGUGAGUCUCGUUCUAGAGCAAGAAAGAGAUCGCCGAAGUCCAAGUCUCCUCGCUCUCAAACACGUUCAAGGUCACGUUCAAGACGCAGGAGGAGGAGCAGCAGGUCAAGAUCCAAGUCUAGAGGAAGGCGAUCUGUAUCAAAAGAGAAGCGCAAAAGGUCUCCAAAGCACAGAUCCAAGUCCAGGGAAAGAAAAAGAAAAAGAUCAAGCUCCAGGGAUCAUCGGAAAACUGUGAGAGCUCAGAGUCGUACCCCAAGUCGGCGGAGUCGGAGUCACACUCCGAGUCGUCGAAGAAGAUCUAGAUCUGUGGGGAGAAGGAGCUUUAGCAUUUCCCCGAGCCGAAGGAGCCGCACCCCAAGCCGAAGGAGCCGCACCCCAAGCCGACGGAGCCGCACUUCUAGCCGAUGGAGAAGAUCAAGGUCGGUUGUAAGAAGACGAAGCUUCAGUAUCUCACCAGUCAGGUUAAGGCGAUCACGGACACCCUUGCGGAGGAGGUUCAGCAGGUCUCCCCUCCGCCGUCAGCGGUCUCGAUCUUCAGAAAGAGGCCCAUCGCCUAAACGCCUGACAGAUCUGAAUGAGGCUCAGUUACUUGAAAUAGCCAAAGCUAAUGCAGCGGCCAUGUGUGCUAAGGCUGGCGUUCCUUUACCGCCAAACCUAAAGCCUGCACCUCCACCUACCAUAGAAGAGAAAGUUGCUAAAAAGUCAGGAGGAGCUACUAUAGAAGAACUAACGGAGAAAUGCAAAAAGAUUGCACAGAGUAAAGAAGAUAAUGAUGUAAUAGUGAAAGAGCCUCAUGUUUCGGAUGAAGAGGAAGAAGAAUCUCCUUUUUAUCAUCAUCCCUUUAAACUCAGUAAACCCAAACCCAUUGUUUUCAACCUGAAUAUUGCUGCAGCAAAGCCCACGCCCCCAAAAAGCCAGGUCACGUUAACAAAAGAGUUUCCUAGCCCUGACCGAUCUCAGCACCGAAAAAAAGAAGCAGACAGCGUUUACGGAGAGUGGGUUCCUUUCUCUCUGGCCUCCAGGGCUGCGCCUCCCUGGUGCUCCCUGGCUUCAAGGGCCCUCGUCCUGGUGGCUUUGUUAGUUGACCUUCUUCCAGGGAAUUUCUGGGUCUAA